AAUAUUUUGCUAAAAAAAACAGCAUCCAAUUUUAAGAAUGAAAAAUACAAAAAUUUUGAAAAUCUAAUAUCCAUAGCUUUUCAUUGUUAAAGCAAAAAAAAAAAGACUGUAACACUAAUGUUGUGGUAUUAUCUGUUUCCUAUAAAUACCAUUCCUAUCCUUCAUCUUCCUCUACAAACAUAACAUGGCCUCCUAUCUCUUUCUCUCCCUAUUUCUCUUCUUUCCCCAUCUUUAUGCUUCUUCUUCUUCUUCAGUAUCUCACUCCUGCUCUCACCACGAAGCUGCUUCUCUAAUCCAGUUCAAGAAUUCCUUUUCCAUCACUCAGACAGAGAAUGCUACUAUGUAUUGCGAUGAUUUUGCUGGCCUUAAAUCUUAUCCCAAGACAAAUUCAUGGAAGGAGGGUACAGAUUGCUGCUCAUGGGAUGGGGUCACUUGUCAUCACCUAAAUGCUCAUGUUAUUGCCCUUGACUUGAGCUGCAGUUGGCUAUAUGGCAACUUCCCUUCCAAUACCACUCUCUUCCUUCUUCCUCACCUUCAAAAACUCAACCUUGCCUACAAUGAUUUUAAUCUUUCCAAAAUUCCAUCUGAGUUUGGUCGGUUUGAAAGUCUAGUAUAUCUCAACCUUUCUCACACCAAUUUCGUAGGAGAGGUCCCAUCCCAAGUCUCCCAUCUGUCAAAAUUGGUUUCACUUGAUCUCUCAUCUUGGAAUUAUGACUCUGAGCAAUUUACAAUUGACCAACAUGCUCUGGAGGGACUUGUUCACAACCUAACCGAGGUCAGACAUCUGUUUUUGAAUAGAAUCAACAUGUCUUCUAUUAAUCCUCAUGUCUUUAUGAAUCUAUCCUCUUCUCUAAGGUCUCUCAGUCUUGCUUAUUGUGAUUUGCAAGGAAAAUUCCAAAAAAACCUUUUUGAUUUGCCAAACUUCUUACAACUCACUCAUUUAGACUUGUGGGGGAACCAAUUGAGUGGACAAAUUCCAAGAUCAUUGGGAAACCUCUUGCAACUCACUUAUUUAGACUUGUCGUAUAACCAAUUGAGUGGACAAAUUCCAAGAUCAUUAGGAAACCUCUUGCAACUCACUCUUUUAGACUUGUGGGGGAACCAAUUGAGUGGACAAAUUCCAAGAUCAUUGGGAAACCUCUUGCAACUCGCUCAUUUAGACUUGUGUGGGAACCAAUUGAGUGGACAAAUUCCAAGGUCAUUGGGGAACCUCUUGCAACUCACUCAUUUAGACUUGUCGCAGAACCAAUUGAGUGGACAAAUUCCAAGGUCAUUGGGGAACCUCUUGCAACUCACUCAUUUAGACUUGUCGCAGAACCAAUUUAGUGGACAAAUUCCAAGAUCAUUGGGGAACCUUUUGCAACUCACUCUUUUAGACUUGUCAGACAACCAAUUGAGUGGACAAAUUCCAAGAUCAUUGGGGAACCUCUUACAACUCACUCAUUUACACUUGUCGCAGAACCAAUUAAGUGGACAAAUUCCAAGAUCAUUGGGGAAACUCUUGCAACUCACUUAUUUAUACUUGUGGGAGAACCAAUUGAGUGGACAAAUUCCAUCGUCAAUUCUAAACCUAACGCGGCUUGAAAAAUUGGUUAUGACAAAAAAUUCAUUAGAAGGUUCCAUUCCAGAUGAGGUAACUGCUUUUCCUAAUCUAAUAUAUUUAGACUUAGUUGGCAAUUUACUCAAUGGAACGCUUCCGUCAUGGUUGUAUACUGCUCCAUCCUUAAAGGAAGUACAUCUCUCUCAAAAUCAAUUCAGUGGGCAUAUCAAAGAAUUCCAAUCCAAAUCACUAGAAUAUUUAGAUAUAGCAAAUAAUAAACUCCAAGGUCCUCUUCCAUCUUCAAUAUCCCAACUUCUCAAUCUUACCAAGCUCAGCUUAUCCUCAAAUAAUCUUAGUGGCGUCGUAGAGUUGAGCAUGUUCUCAAACCUUCCAAAUCUCGAAUAUCUUGUCCUUUCAUAUAACAGUCUAUCCUUAACAUCUAAUAGCACUUCUAGUGUUAACCAUAUAUUGCCUAAUCUUACAGGCUUAUUUUUUUCAUCUUGCAAUCUUAGUGAAUUCCCCCAAUUUUUAAAAGGGCUUAAAAGUUUGGAAAGUUUAGACCUCUCUUGCAACAGAAUUGAAGGCAAGAUUCCACAGUGGAUGCAAGAGGUGGGGAAUGACUCUUUGUCGUAUUUAAAUGUAUCCCAUAACUCUUUGACAGAAGUUGAGCAGUUUCCAUGGAAGAAUAUUGAAGUUCUUGACUUAAGCUCCAAUUUGAUCCGUGGAAAUCUUCCGAUUCCAGCUUCGACGAUCAAUGUUUUUCUGAUCUCAAAUAAUAGUUUCAAUGGAGAGGUCUCUUCUUUAAUCUGCAAUGUCACUUUUCUUCGAAUUCUUGAUUUGUCCUACAAUAACUUGAGUGGAACAAUUCCGCAAUGUUUUGGAAAUUUCAGCAACAACCUUCAAUUCUUGAAUCUGAAGAAGAACAAGUUUUAUGGGACGAUUCCUCCAACAUUUGUAAAGGGAUGCCAAUUGAGUAAUUUCAACUUAAAUGGAAAUCUGUUAGAAGGGCCUUUGACACCAUCCAUCCUUAAUUGUAAUGGUCUGGAAGUGCUAGAUCUUGGUAACAACAAGAUUAAGGAUACAUUUCCUCAUUGGUUGGGAAGUCUUCCACAGCUACAAGUUCUUGUACUAAAGUCAAAUCAAAUGCAUGGUUCCUUGCAUGACCAUAGCUCCAAGUCUAGCCCUUUUUUCUCUAAAAUCCAAAUUUUUGACAUCUCAAGUAAUUAUUUUUCUGGACCCCUACCAGUGAGAUACAUCAACAGCUUCAAGGCUAUCAUAAAUCAAGAGAAGAUUGGUAGUACAGUGUCGUACAUGGGGGUGAAUGAUCAUGAAGGUCGUGGCUUCUAUACCUAUUCCAUUGGAAUUGUUAUGAAAGGACAAGAUAUGGAAUUGGUGAAAAUUUUCAACAUGUGGAUGAUCAUUGAUCUAUCAAACAAUCAGUUUGAAGGGGGUAUUCCAAAAGUUAUUGGGAAGCUUAACUUACUGAAAGGGCUCAACCUUUCUCAGAAUAACCUUAAUGGUGGUAUCCCCCCCUCAAUAGGGAAUUUGACAAGUCUUGAAUGGUUGGACCUAUCUUCAAACAGGUUGUCUGGGACGAUUCCAAAUAGAUUGGCAGAUCUGUCAUUUCUUUCAUCCUUAAAUGUUUCAGGAAAUCAACUCCAUGGUCAGAUUCCUCAAGGCAAACAAUUCAACACAUUUGGAAAUGAUUCAUAUGAAGGAAAUAAGGGACUAUGUGGGUUUCCAGUCUCAAAAGGUUGCAACAUCAUUGAGCCAGCACCUCCAAAUGUGCUUGAAAAAGAUGGGUCAAAAUCAAACAUUGCUUUUGGUUUGAAAGUGGUGUUGGUAGGUUAUGGAUGCGGAGUAGUGUUCGGAAUGUUCGUGGGAUAUGUUGUUUUCCAAACUGGUAAGCCGAAAUGGUUGGUGAAUUUGGUUGAAAACCAACAUGAGAAGAGGCGAAGAAGAAAGUCAAAGAAUGGCAAUCGCAGCAAUAAAUGAAGAAGGAUCUAAUUACUGCAAAUGAUGUUCAAGCAUUAGUGUUGUAUUUUCACAAUUUCUUGUUGUAUAGACCAUUUUGCCUAUGGUGAAGGGUUGCAUUGGUAUGUGUCUGUCUUUAUUAUUGUACCAAUUCCUCUGUCUUUCAUUGCAUUUCGUACUCUCUGUAAUGGUUUGUUUGAGUGUAAAAUUUUGUAUGGUGGUGUUGUUUAUGUCUUCUUUCAUGACUUUGAAUUUAGUCUCGAUAAUCUUUGCUACUGCUCACUAAAGGAGAAA